AUGUUUGUGGUCACUUUGACUAUUACUGCUGUUAUUACCACUCAUCCCAUUCGAGUCAAAGCCUGUCCAGACAAUUAUUAUGUCUAUGAGUUUGUCACACCAAUUUACAACUACAGCUGUUCUGCAUACUGUGCAGACCCCUGCUACAACUACACUGUGAUGAAUGAUUCAGAAGAAGAAGAUCCACAAACUAUUCUUCUUCAUCCUCCAUUUGUGACUCCUCUGUCAAGUGAGUCGGCUGGUAUCGUCUUUAUCUUAAUGGGAAGCUCUUUUGUAAAGAAUCUACUCCACCAGAUAGAGAAUAUAACAGUCCUCCCUUUAACUACUGUGACCAAUCUUUUGGACCUGCUCUUUAACACAUCAGAGAAGAUUUCCAACUAUUCAUUAGGACCCCAUAAACUAGCAUCAGAAGGAAUCCAGGUGUUGAAAGCCACCGAGAAGUUGGUCUCCAUGUUGGUGGAUCCAACCGACACUUUUGACAAUAUCAGUUUUAUUCGUGAUUCUGUAGUGACACGACUAUUGACUCAAACUCAGCUCGACACAACAAAUGCAUCUGUGGACAUUGAUCUCAUUGGGAUUGUCAAGAACAACAAUGAAACGGCUGCUGUGGCGUUCAUGAGCUACACCACAAUGGAGAAUCUACUGAAGGCAGAAUUCUUCAACACAUCAGAUAUCACAUCAGUUAAAACCAUGAUGUCCACUGUCAUCUCAGCUACUCUUCCAAAAACCACCAACAAACAGCUCACAAAACCAGUCAACUUCACCCUCAAACACAUCAGAGAGUUUGUGUCUGGAGGGAAUAUGUCGUGUGUGUACUGGAACAUCACUGAGUGGAUUGUAGAUGGUUGUUCUGUUUUAGACACAAACAGCAGCUACACUGUGUGUUCAUGUGUUCAUCUGUCAACAUUCGCUCUCAUCAUGCAAACCAGCAGCACAGCAACAGAGGAUGAUCCACUGAUGGAAGCGUUGAAUUUAGUGGCUGUGCUGGUGGGUCUGGUGUUUAAUAGUUUGGCUCUGUUGACUUUUGGUUUCUGUCGAUGGAAACCUGGAGUGAACAAUGUGGCUCGAAUCAACCUCUGCAUCAGUCUGCUGUCUGCUCAUCUUCUGUUCUUACUCACACAACGCUUCCUCAAACUCAUCGAACCUCACCAGGUGUUGUGUAAUGUGCUGUCAGGAUUUCUUCACUUUCUCUUUCUCUCCUGCUUUGUGUGGAUGUUCAUUGAAGCUGUGCUGCUCUACAUCUGUGUGAAGAACCUAUCACAGAUCAGCUCCAGACAGAGGGCGGUGCUUAGCAGCAGCUUCAUGAUUGUGAUUGGAUAUGUGAUUGCUCUGGUUAUAGUGGGCGUGUCUGUUGGAUUGGUUCCUGAGGGCUACGGCAGUGGCAAAUGCUGGAUUAAGGUGGAGAAACGCUUCAUCUGGAGUUUUCUGGGACCUGUUUGUGUCAUUCUUGCUAUAAACUUGAUUCUCUUCAUCAAAAUCAUCAUCAGUCUGAACUCAACUCUCACAAAGUUGAACGCUGAAGUUUCACAGAUGAAACAAACCAAGAUUAUGGUUUUUAAAACACUGGCUCAGUUUAUGGUUCUUGGUUGUCCCUGGAUUCUGGGUUUCUUCACUGAAGACAAUAAGAUGAUGGAGAUUCUCUUCCUGAUCCUGAACUCACAGCAAGGAACCUUCAUCUUCCUGAUCUACUGUCUCCUCAAUAAUGAGGUCAGACAGCAAUAUGUGAAGAGGAUGAGAUACGUUCAGAGCAUAAACGCCAUCAAUGUGACAUCAGGGAUCCUCUCUACUGAUCAUGUCUCUGUUGACCCCUGUAACAACUACACUGUGAUGGAUGAUUCAAGAAGAUCCACCAACUAUUAUUCUUCAUCCUACAUGUGUGACGCCUCUGUCAACUGGGUCGGCUGGUAUCGUCUUUAUCUUAAUGGUCAGAGCGUUCGAAUGUCAGAAACAUGUGUGCCAACAUCCAGAUGUGGUUCUGAUGUUACACUGUGGCUCAGUGAUGGACACCCAAAACCUGAGGAUGGAGUGGUGACCAGACAUGUUUGUGGCAAUGAUGGCAGUUACUGCUGUUAUAAUCAGUCAUAUCCCAUUCGAGUCAAAGCCUGUCCAGACAAUUAUUAUGUCUAUGAGUUUGUUACACCACCUUACAACUUUUCUGCAUACUGUGCAGAUCAUGUCUCUGUUGACCCCUGCAACAACUACACUGUGAUGGAUGAUUCAAGAAGAUCCACAGACUAUUCUUCUUCAUCCUCCAUGUGUGACAGAGAUGUCAUCUGGGUCGGCUGGUAUCGUCUUUAUCUUAAUGGUCAGAGCGUUCGAAUGUCAGAAACAUGUGUGCCAACAAACAGAUGUGGUUCUGAUGUUACACUGUGGCUCAGUGAUGGACACCCAAAACCUGAGGAUGGAGUGGAGACCUCAUGCAUACAGAAUCUCCUUAACCAGAUAGAGAAUAUUACAGUUCUCUCUUUAGAUGAUGUGAACAAUCUUUUGGAUCUGGUGUUUAAUACUUCAGAGAAGAUUUCCAUCUCAUCAUCGAGUGACCCAAAGAAACUAAAGUUAGAAGGAAACCAGGUGUUAAAAGCCAGCGAGAAGCUCGUCUCCAUGUUGGUGAAGCCGACAAACACUUAUGACAAUGUCAGUUUCACACUUGAGUCUGUAGAGGCACAAGUCUUCAUGGUUGGACCACAGGUCACAUUAAAUGAAAUUCCUCAGCUCGACACAGCAAAUGCAUCUGUGGACAUUGAUCUCAUUGGGAUUGCCAAGAAUAACAAUGAAACAGCUGCUGUGGCGUUUAUGAGCUUGAACUCAAUGGAGAAUCUACUGAAGGCAGAAUUCUUCUACACAUCAGAUAACACAUCAGUUAAAACCAUGAUGUCCACUGUCAUCUCAGCUACUCUUCCAAAAACCACCAACAAACAGCUCACAAAACCAGUCAACUUCACCCUCAAACACAUCAGAGAGUUUGUGUCUGGAGGGAAUAUGUCGUGUGUGUACUGGAACAUCACUGAGUGGAUUGUAGAUGGUUGUUCUGUUUUAGACACAAACAGCAACUACACUGUGUGUUCAUGUGUUCAUCUGUCAACAUUCGCUCUCAUCAUGCAAACCAGCAGACCAUCAGAGGAUCAUGAUCUGAUGAAAGUGGUGAAUUUAGUGGCUGUGUCGGUGGGUCUGGUAUUUAAUAGUUUGGCUCUGUUGACUUUUGCUUUCUGUCGAUGGAAACCUGGAGUGAACAAUGUGGCUCGAAUCAACCUCUGCAUCAGUCUGCUGUCGGCUCAUCUUCUGUUCUUACUCACACAACGCUUCCUCAAACUCAUCAAACCUCACCAGAUGUUGUGUAAUGUGCUGUCAGGAUUUCUUCACUUUCUCUUUCUCUCCUGCUUUGUGUGGAUGUUCAUUGAAGCUGUGCUGCUCUUCAUCUGUGUGAAGAACCUAUCACAGAUCAGCUCCAGACAGAGGGCGGUGCUUAGCAGCAGAUUCUUGAUUGUGAUUGGAUAUGUGAUUGCUCUGGUUAUAGUGGGCGUGUCUGUUGGAUUGGUUCCUGAUGGCUAUGGCAGUGACAAAUGCUGGAUUAAAGAGGAGAAAGGCUACAUCUGGAGUUUUCUGGGACCUGUUUGUGUCAUUCUUGUGAUAAACACGAUUCUCUUCAUCAGUAUCAUCAUCAGUCUGAAUUUAACUCUCUCAAAGCUGAACGCUGAAGUUUCAGGGAUGAAACAAACCAAGAGGAUGUUUUUUAAAACACUGGCUCAGUUUGUUGUUCUUGGUUGUCCCUGGAUUCUGGGUUUCUUCACUAAAGACAAUAAGAUGAUGGAGAUUCUCUUCCUGAUUCUGAACUCACAGCAAGGAACCUUCAUCUUCCUGAUCUACUGUCUUCUCAAUAAUAAGGUCAGACAGCAGUAUGUGAAGUGGAUGAGCGCUCUCUUCCCCUGAUGCAAAUCCAAAACCACCAAAGACGCCCCCAUUAAACGCUGAGGACCAGACUGAUAGUCA